UUCAUUCGCGAAUCGGACAUCGCGGAUGAUAAGAGGUGCGGCGCAUCAACUUCACAUAUUGGUAGUGUGAAAACAGCACCAGUCACCAUCUCACACCUGCAGAAGGAUUUUCAGCGACAGAUCUGCGCGUUUUCUUUUCUUUAUCCAGUGGAUUGGUUUACUUCCAGCGCGCGCCGGGGACAUACAGAAGAAGAUUUGACUUUUGCGCUCAGAUUGUUUGAUUUCCGUCUGUCAGCAUGGCUUCAACAACCUGCACCAGGUUCACCGACGAAUAUCAGCUGUAUGAAGAACUCGGAAAGGGAGCUUUUUCUGUGGUGAGAAGAUGCAUGAAAAUCUCCAGUGGUCAGGAAUACGCGGCCAAAAUCAUCAACACCAAGAAACUGUCUGCGAGGGAUCACCAAAAGCUGGAACGAGAGGCCCGAAUUUGUCGUCUUCUCAAGCAUACAAACAUCGUAAGGCUCCAUGACAGCAUAUCAGAGGAGGGCGUUCACUACCUCGUCUUUGAUUUAGUCACGGGAGGGGAACUGUUUGAAGAUAUUGUGGCCAGAGAAUACUACAGUGAAGCAGAUGCCAGUCAUUGCAUACAGCAGAUUCUAGAGAGUGUUAGUCAUUGUCAUGUAAAUGGCAUUGUACAUCGAGACUUGAAGCCAGAGAAUCUUCUUCUAGCCAGUAAGCUGAAGGGAGCAGCGGUGAAACUGGCUGAUUUCGGUCUGGCCAUCGAGGUGCAGGGAGACCAACAGGCUUGGUUUGGUUUCGCCGGGACUCCAGGUUAUUUGUCUCCUGAGGUUCUGAGGAAGGAGCCGUACGGCAAACCGGUGGACAUGUGGGCAUGUGGUGUGAUUCUGUACAUUCUUCUUGUGGGUUACCCUCCAUUCUGGGAUGAAGAUCAACACCGCCUUUACCAGCAGAUUAAAGCUGGUGCUUAUGAUUUUCCAUCUCCUGAGUGGGACACGGUAACACCAGAUGCCAAAGAUCUCAUCAAUAAGAUGCUGACCAUAAACCCGGCCAAACGCAUCACUUCUGCCGAAGCCCUCAAGCAUCCCUGGAUCUGUCAACGCUCCACCGUGGCCUCCAUGAUGCACAGACAGGAGACUGUGGAAUGUCUGAAGAAGUUCAACGCCAGGAGGAAACUUAAAGGCGCUAUCCUCACUACCAUGCUGGCUACACGAAACUUCUCAAGCAAGAAUCCGUACAAGAAGCCCGACGGGGUUAAGGAGCCUCAGACUACUGUUAUCCACAAUCCUGCGGAUGGAAACAAGGAAUCAUCAGAGAGCGUCAACACAACUAUUGAAGAUGAAGAUAUUAAAGCCAGAAAGCAGGAGAUCAUUAAAGUCACAGAGUUGCUGAUCGAAGCUAUUAAUAACGGAGACUUUGAAGCAUAUACGAAGAUCUGCGAUCCAGGACUCACCUCUUUUGAACCUGAAGCUUUGGGAAACCUCGUGGAGGGGACGGAUUUCCACAGAUUCUACUUUGAAAACUCUCUCGCUAAGGGACCCAAACCAAUCCACACCAUUCUUCUGAAUCCUCACGUGCAUCUGAUCGGCGAGGACGCCGCCUGCAUCGCCUACAUCAGACUCACGCAGUACAUGGAUGUGAACAACAUCCCCCGCACCAUGCAGGCCGAGGAAACCCGCGUCUGGCACCGCAGAGAUGCAAAAUGGCAAAACGUUCACUUCCACCGCUCGGGCUCUCCGACUGUACCCACCAAAUGAGGUGUGAGUGAAGAGCACAUCAUCUCCUGUCAGCUGAGCUUCGACACAAUCGUGAUCUUCACUGUUUGCUCUACCAGAGUCCUGUUUACAUUUCCUGCUGGACUUAUAGAAGAGAUUUAUUUAGAGAGAUUUAUUUCAUACGAGGAUGCGCUGUGUGUGUGUGUGUGUGUGUGUGUGUGUGUUAUGUGAAUUGAGUAUGCUGUUUACACACUGUACUCAUUAUGUGGAAAGCAUGUUCUUACAGUACCAACCACUUAAUCAUUUUUAUAGGGUUCGAGUUUUGUACGACAAAUAUUCAUAUAUGGAGCCAUUAAUUGUAAUCUGUGGUGUUUGGGUGCAAGGAUCUGACAGAUGAGUUUCGUUUGAAAUGUAAGGGGAGGGUUGAAAAUGAGAAGAUGCCAAGAUGUAAAAUAUUCGAAAGGCCAAAAAUAUCUGUGCAUAUAUGAUCUAAUAGUUUUCAUGAUAAUACUGAAUCCGAGCUAAACCUCCGUAAGGCUGUGAAGUUUACAGGACAUUGUAGUUUUUUUGCUUUUCUCAAUUUGAUGAUAAAGAAUUUGCUUAUUACUUCAAGUGUCAGAAAUGAGCUUGCUUAUGGUUUCAGUGAUGUACCAAAUUUCGUGAUGUUACGUGAAGUGCUAUUCUCGCUUUACACUUUGGAGUAUUAAUGGUUUAAUAUUAGCGUUUAGGACACAUUAGGGGGAAAUCUUAUCUAGAGUUUUAUUGUGUUUGUAAAUGUCGUUUGCUUAUAAAUAAACAUACACGUUUUAGACAAAUGCGAUUACGAAGCAUUUAAAGGAAAGAAUGUAACAUCUCAUACUGUAUUGUAUGACUAUAAUCUUUACUGUAGACUCGAACACUCAUUCUGUGAUACGUGUGGCUGGCAAAUUCCAGACUUUAGUUUUUAUUUUCUGAUCUGUAAUCUCUGUGAAUUUGAUAUUUUCUCGUGUUAUCUCCUGAGCAUUUGUGUACAUGAUCUAAGAUGGCAAUCUGCAGUCAAGGACAAAUUGUGAUGUUUUAUUUUAGCUUGAUCUGGUAGUUAUUAAUAGUGCAUGACUUUCUGUUGUCAGUCAUCUAUAAACACACUUAAAAUUGAGGGAUCCAAACAUGAGUCCUGGUUUCUUACUACCAAACCUCCUAACACUCAAAGAUUUGGUUCAUUUUUUUCAACUAAAUGAUUUACAUGCUGCCAAACUAUAUAUCUGAUACGGUUGAAUAAACAUUCUACACAUGCCAAUGAAAAAUUGUUGCAUAAAUGCGCAGACAUAAUCUGAACAUGCAAAACAGAAAUCUCCGAAUACACGUAUCACUAUACACGCUGUAACCAACUGAAUGGUGGACUAUUAUCAUUUAGUUUUGUGGAUGAGGUUACUUUUAUGAUUUUAUCACAUGGAUAAUGAAAGGAUUUAUUGAUACUGUACAUACUAAAGUGUGAAAUAAAAGGUGUGUUUUCUGCAAA